UUCGGAAAACAUCGACAUUUUCCGUAAACGGUUAAGGAUGGAGGAAGAGGCACGCAAGCUUCUCCAAGAAGGAAUACGAAAGAAACUGGUCAGUCCCGGUAAAGGAGAACUGUCGACCUUCCCCAAUGGCACCAAGGUUGUGUUUCACUACCGCACCAGCCUGUGUGAUGGCACAGUGCUGGAUGACUCCAGAACCAUGGGGGGCCGAAACAAACCUAUGGAGCUCAUCCUGGGCAAGAAGUUUAAGCUGGCUGCGUGGGAGAGAGUAGUCAUCACCAUGAAACAAGGAGAAAUAGCAGAAUUUACCUGCGACACUAAGCACACAGCGCUGUACGCACUCGUGUCCCAGUCCCUGAGAAACAUAAGUGUGGGUAAAGACCCUCUGGAGGGCCAGCGGCACUGCUGCGGCAUCGCUCAGAUCCACUCGCAUCACUCUCUAGGACACAAAGAUCUGGACAAGCUUCAGGCCGAUCCGCAGCCUCUUGUCUUCACUAUUGAGCUGCUGGAGGUUCUUCCUCCAGGGUCGUUCCAGCUGGAUAUGUGGGCUAUGACGGACAAAGAGAAGCUCGAGCUUGUGCCUCAUGUCCACGAGGAGGGAAACACGCUCUUUAAACAAGGCAAAAUUAAGGAGGCAUCAGAGAAGUACUACAACGGCAUCGCUUGCCUCAAAAAUUUACAGAUGAAGGAGCAUCCUGGGGAUGAAACCUGGAUAAAGAUGGACCAAAAGAUCACGCCACUGCUUCUCAACUACUGUCAGUGCCUGCUACUGCAGGGCCAGUACUACGAAGUCAUCGAACACUGCUCCUCCUUGGUCUUCAAAUAUGAGGAUAACGUGAAGGCCUACUACAAGCGGGCCAAAGCUCACGCUGCCGUUUGGAACGAGACGGAGGCUCGAGCAGAUUUCAACAAGGUGCUGGAGCUGGACCCGUCCCUGGAGCAGUCCGUGAGCAAGGAGCUGAAGGCCAUGGAGGAGAGGAUCCGCUCCAAGCAGAAGGAGGACAAGGGCCGUUACAAGGGCCUGUUUGACUACAACACACGGCCGGCCACCGCCACGACAGGAUGAAUCUCAUAACAGAUUGGAUUCAUGGAUGCCAAUGAAUUUCAAGAUGGAGAAGAAACAGAAGACACUCCUGGUGUUUUAGUUUGAUCAACGCACCCAAGUGCAACGUGUUGCCAACCUGCUCUUCAUCACACAUACAUGCAAACGCAAUUUGCAUUCCUGCCACUCUUCUGAGAAAACGUUCUAAAUUUAGAUGUGGGGCUCUGAUGAAAACUUCUGCACUCGCCUGCAAGACCCCUUCAUUCUGUGCAUUAUAUCUGUAAUGCAACUUACAUUUGAUUUUCAUUUAGUUAUUGGUCUCCUAAGGUUUCAAAAAUAUAAAAAAAAAAAAUGUGAGCAGCUUACUAAGUGAGCAGUGAGUUUACCUUAGCAAGAGGUUUUUUAAUUUUCCUUUGCCCUUCACACCACAAACACCAGUUCACAGAGGAAUACAAUUCCAGAGACACCCUCCCUUAGGAAAAUACUAUUAUUCUACUUGUUUUGUACAAGGACACAUGAUGUACUCCUAUGUGGACCUUAGCCGUCCCGUCACAGUCGAGGCACCGUCACCACGUGAAAGCUGGAACCAUGAAACCAAACCAUUCUGUGACAAUCACUGAAUAAAACACACAGAUUGUGUUUUCUUCGCUUUUUUUUCUCCUAUGUGCUUAUGUCAUAUUUAAAAAAAAAUACUACAAUUAUUUUGUUUUGUUCUUGAGAUGUAUUCAGCUAAAACUCAUAACAGCAAGAGCUACUCAUUUCUCUACAUGUUGUGAAGCAAUGAGUCAUUAACCGAGGUUGUGAUUAUGUAACUGAAAAUAAACUUGCUUAUUCCCAGCU